AUCAAUACUAUCAAUGCUACAAAUUUUAUUUAUCCCGUUGUUUAUUGUUGUUGUCGGCGGUAAUCACGCGGUUGUCGGCAAUUAUAGUCAACUCAAUACACCGUUAUGUGGAUUACGACGGGUCAGGCAUUCAAUAGACAGUGAUUGUCUGGUUUGGCAUCACAUGGAGACACCCAGUCUAACACAUGCUAGGAAUGGCACACUGGGUGAUGCACCAUGGACAGUUUUAAUUAUGCUCAUUACUAUUAACCACUUAUCCCCGACACCUACACCGACAAUAUGGUUUACCUGUACGGGUACUAUCCUAACACCCAAAUGGAUUUUAACAGUAGCCCAUUGUUUUGAAGAUAAAUUAGACGCCGAAAUCUAUUAUGUAUAUUAUGGUUACAACUAUACCCACAACAAACAAUUGUUGAACCAAUUAGACAACAAUUAUAGUCGCGGCAAACAUUAUUAUAUGCAUCCAAACUAUACUAAUGCUGGUAAUAGUGGUUUUGUUAAUGAUAUCGGACUACUUGAACUACAAACAGAGAUACCGGUGCAAACUGAUGGCGAUUAUUAUGUAACUAAUUCGAUAUGUUUGCCGGCCAGGGAUGCUAUACUGUCAACCGAUUCCGAAUAUCUAUUGAUGGCUGGCUAUGGCUAUCCAUAUAUUAUUCUCGGUUAUAUACCCGUCCAAUUUAGUAUACGACAAAUUGAUAUAACCAACAAUGACAACAACAACACCGACAUCACCGACAACAACAAAAUCGACAAUAAAUUAGUUAUAAAACACAAAUCAAUUCAUGCGGGCAUUGUAUGUAAAGGUGAUUCCGGGUCUGGUUUGUGGCAAUAUAUGGAUGAAAAGGCUGUCCUAAUCGGUGUACACUCUAAUAGUCUACGAUUUGAUCUACGAGUCAAUUGUACGGCUCAUCCAAACAUUGGUUACGCCGUCCGGGUUUCCAAAUAUAUAGAUUGGAUACUCAAUUAUAUAUACACUAAAUAA